AUGAAGUUCUCGGCGUUCGCUACCGCACUGGCUGGAGCUGCCGCCGUCGAGGCCACUAGCGUCGCAUUCGACCGUCUCAACAAGACCGAUGCUGUUCUUCUGGUAGUCGAUCAUCAGAUCGGGCUCAGCGAGCUGGUGCGAGACUACGGCGUCGUUGAGUUCAGGAACAACAUUCUCGCCCAUGCUGCCCUAGGAAAUCUCUUCGACUUGCCAACGAUCUUGACCACGUCUGCUGAGACGGGUCCUAACGGUGCUUUGCCCAAGGAAAUAGUUGCUAUGCACCCAACAGCUCCGUACAUCAAGCGCAACGGCGAAGUCGACGCAUGGGACAAUGCCGAAUUUCGCGCGGCUGUCAAGGCCACUGGAAAGAAGCAAGUCAUCCUCGCCGGCAUCGUGACUGAAGUCUGCACCUCGUUCCUGGCGCUCUCCCUCCGCGCCGAAGGGUACGAGGUGUGGGCAAACACUGACGCUUCGGGCACUUUCACUGACAAGCUGGCCGCUGACGCAAACCGCCGCAUGGAGCAGGCGGGCGUGCACCUUAUGGGCAUGUUUGGCAUCACGAUGGACCUGAUGCGGGAUUGGAGGAACACGCCCGGUGCCAAGGAGGUCUUACCUUUCCUGGAUGUUUAUCUUCCGGCCUACUCGCUUGUUGCGAGAGCUCAUGGCUAUGCCAUUGAGAACGGAACUUUGCUUGAGGGAGAGAAGCAGCUGCUGUAG